AAUUGUAACUCGGUGUCCUCCUGAAUCCUGAUUCCUUCAUGUUCACCCAUUGAAUGGUCAGAAGCUUAUUUGUCGGCCACUCUGACAAAGGCUGCUUUGUAGCCUCGUGUUGGCCCCAUUUAGUCCAACUACCACAGGCAACAAUAGUUGAAAAACCUAGGGUAUUCUGGGGGAUAUGUUGAUCCAGAUCCAUUCAACUGAUGAAGAUCAGGUAUGGGCAGGAUGUCUCCGCAUAUUUCAAGCAGACAGAAGCUCUCAAAGACUCUGGUCUCGCAAUCCGAAAGUAUUGAGCUGAAUGCGCUUGUGGCAAUGCCACCAAGAUUGCUGUGUGUUCCAAGUGAAAUAUGGCGAACUGUACACUUUUUUGGUGAAGCUGUCACUGCAUCAGUCUGGGGCCAUCUUUUGGAGGUGUUUGAUAUUUAGACUCUGCGAAACAGUUCACAGCAGCCAUGGAGUGUGCUUUUGCUGGUGGCACUUCGUACUCAUACGCGCUGACUGUUGGAGCUGCGGGAACCCUCAAAGCCCAGACUGCUGCCGUGGGCACUGCAGCCAGCGGCGCAGCAGCGGCUGGAGCUAGCCUGACGGCUGGCGCUGGCAUAGCAGGCUGUGCUGCUGCCUUGGCGCCAUGGGCCCCAUGGGCAGCUGCUGCUUUAGCGCCGGCUGCUGCAGUGGCAGUUGGGCUUCAUUGGGCUUUGUGCGGAAUGGAUGCCAAGGGCCCUGCUGAAGAAGCAGAGUUCGUCAUGUAUCAGGCCCAGGGCGCUGUACCUUGCACCAUGCUGCUGGGCGAGGGGCGGUUCGGCAAGGUGUACCAAGUUGGCACCAGCGAUGGGCAUGUAGUCAAAAGGACAAAGGCAGAUGCCUCGUUGCAAGGCUUGGGCGGUGAUGUAAUCAUACCCUUUUACGGCCAUUGCGUUAUCAAAAAUGAGACUUUCAUCUUUAUGGAGCGGUGCUCAGGAAGCUUGCAAGGCAGAAGCUUCGGGGAGACUGACGCCGCUUGUUUGGUGUGCCAACUGUUUCGCGCAUUGCAGCAUGUUCACCUGAUGCGACUUUUACACAAGCCGGCCAGCUGCUUGGUCAAGGCAUGGGCUGGGGCCGUUGCUUCCUGGAAGGUCCGCCUUUCAGACUUCGGGUGCAGCUGUGGCUUUUCUUCUGCAGCCACGUGCCACCAGCAGGAACCCUUGCAUUUUGGGCUCCAGAGCUCAUCGCUGGCGAAGCGCCUGCUGCAUCAGCUGACAUUUGGGCAGGGGCUACAACGGCCUGGGCUCUUGCCACGGGAACGAUGCCUCCCUCCGUUGAAACCCUUCAUUUUUUGAAGUACCCUGAAGUGAGCCAAUGGCCUGGGAGCGAUGCAUUUGGGCCAUUGUUUUUGGCAUGGUUGGAGGCAACCCUGGCAACCACAGAUCGUGCAUCUGCAACAAAAGCAUUGCAAUUGGAUUGGCUUCAGGAGGCCCAUGCUCUUCACACAUUGCUACCGCCAGCGCCGGCUCCGCCAGUUGCCGCCUUCCAGCCGAAAAAUGAAAACAACAGUAAGUUCUUGCGUCGCGUGGCCCCAAAGAGGGCUCUGGCCAACACGGCUUCGAGCAGCUCUGAGAGGUGAGCGGGCUUGUCAACUUGCCACUGCGGAAAACGCGACCGGCAAAAGAGCUGAAAGGCAGUGGCAAUGGAGAGUGGUUUUGAGGGGUUGCUGUCGCUUUCGUUUGUGCUGAUCCUCCCAGUUGAGCAGCCAUCUGUGCUGUUUGAUUCUACAUGCCAGCUCCAGUGUUCCAGAGAAAACACACGUCCUGUCACCCGAACACAAGGUCCACAAAAAAUCGCUGGAACAUCCGUUGUGGACUGGAUCUGCGCUUCACCACAAUCAUGUGUUUUCAUUGUUGACUCAUACGCAGAAAGAAUGUGAACAUGUGGUUUGCUGGCCGCCCCCGCCCCUUUUUCGGUUGCAUUUGUUAUGCUCAAGCAGGGUCGGCAGCUUUGUUGAGUGAGAGCAGCUCUUUUCGCAGGCUUUUCUGCAGAAUGUGCAGGGGCAUUGUCCCUCUCAGAGGUGAUUGGCAACGCCAAUGCAAUUGGCGAGGACUUUUCCUGCGGGCUGCUCAGCCAACCAGAGGGCUCGCAUUCGUCUAACUGGUUGGUGUUUUGGCUUAUCGGUCUGCUUUUCUGCAUGGUUCUAGGCGGCAUGUGUUGCUAUUGGACGAAGCAGAACCAUUUGACGAUUGUUAGAAGAUAUCCUUGGCUAGAUGGAUAUUUGCCAUUCCAAUGGUUUUCAGCGCGCAACACCUUCACAAAACUGCAGGCUGGCCGUGAGGAGGGUCGAACAUAUCGGUCGGUGGGACCGCUGUACGCUGAGGAUCAGCUUCCCUUGAUGUACCCUGGUGGCCCUCAGUUUGCCAGAGCUGGUGUUCCUCCGAUGUCUGCAUCUUCUCCAUCCAUGUCUGCAGCAACACCCUCACCUGCAAUGCCACCAACGCAGCAGAUGACCGGUCAAGCUGCGCCUUCAUACCAGGGGCCAAUGCCUCCGACAGACGCAGGCUAUGAUUUGGUCACCGUCACUCCCACCGGCAUUGAGGUCACACCUCUGGGAGAGGCAGCUUUGCCCGUAGGAGUGCCGAUCGUCACUCCUGCUUGGCCCACGCCAGUGCAAUAUCCAUAAGUCGCAAUGAGAACCGUGAGAAGCAUUUGCCAUCGAGCGACCUGACCAUUACAUGUGCACAUUUGCCAAUCCAAAGUGAUGGCGUGCCAAAGAGCAUUGUGCUGGCAAAAGGUAUCCUCAC